UUACAGCUUCAAAAUUAUAUCCCAAAUCCUCCCAAAAUCAAAUUUACCAUAAAAUUCUUAAUCAAUUAAAUCUCUAUCAAGCUUCCACGAAAUUAGGAUCUGGGUUGUUGAAUAUAAUGUCUAAACGAAAUACCACAAGGAUAAUCACAAGAGGAUAUACUGCUGCGAUGGAAUUACAUAAGAAGUCGAAAGAUGAAAUAGUAAGGACUCCUUCAAAAAGAAAAGUAGGGUCAACGGUGAAAGCGAUUGAAAAAAAUUGUUACAAGAGGAGGAAAGUAAAAAAUGUAGUUUCCGACAUGAUCGGAGAACAUGCAGUUAAUGAAGAACAAAACGAAGUCAGUGAAGAAUUAAAGGGUAUCAGAUUCCAUGUAUUGGCUCGCCCAAUUAAACCACCACGCAUGCAGGUUUAUGUGAACCAUAACAUAGUCACAGAUUUGAAGGGGAAGCUUACAGCGACCCAAUUCAAUCAUUUUAAAGAUACAUGUUUUGGAGCAUAUACAAAAAUGCACGUGUGUGGAGCGCAACCACAAAUGUUUAGGUGUUUCAUGGUAUGUGAAUUAGAGGACAGUUCCACUGAUGAAUUGUUGUUUCAUAUAAAUCAUACCACGCUCCGUUUUGGUAUCAAAGAAUUUGCUAUCAUUACUGGUUUGAACUGUUUUGGUAAUAAUGAUGAUUUUUUAUUUGAUACAAGGAAGCCAAAUAGAUUAAUCAAUCAGUAUUUUGAGGGUAAAAGUAUUGUUACAAAAGUGGAUUUGAUCAGUAAGUAUAAAAAAAAGGUUUGGGGUGGCAAUGAUGAUGAUGCUGUUAAAUUCGCUAUUCUGUAUUUUAUUUGUACGUUCAUAUAUUCCGGCGAGAAGAAGAGCUCAUCAAUUCCAAGGAUACAUUUUGAUCUAGUUGAGAGCGGCCGGUACCAUGAAUACCCCUGGGGGAAAGAUGUUUUCUACAAAUUGCUCAAAAGCGUAACAAAAAAAAUGGAUGAGAAGAAAAAGUAUUACAGAAUUGAUGGUAUGCCUCUAGCCAUGCAAAUUUGGAUAUAUGAAUGUUGUUCUGCGGUUGAUUCGAAUAUUGCUGUAAAGAAGAGCAAUCGUAUACCCAGAAUCGUCAAUUGGAUGACCAGAAACAGCAGAAUACAUUAUGAAUUCCUCAUGGAAGGAAUGUUCAGUGAUAACGGCAAUCCGUUAAAAUUCAAAAACAUCGAACCUUCACUUAAGGAGAUUGCAUUUUAUCAGCUUGAAUCAAAAAGUAAUGCAAACACAGAGAAUACCUUUCAAAUUGUUAGUGACAAAGAUGACGACGAAGAUGAUGAUUUCACUUCAAAGCCUCCAAGUCAUAAGCCACACAAUAAAGAAAAAGGUAAACAGAAGGCAUACGUUUUAAGAUCCACAUUGAUCAAAAAGUCCAAUUUGCAUGCAGGUUCGAGGUUGAAAGAUAAACGCCCCACAGUAUUGAAUGGUUGUCGUAAGGCAAAGAGUACAACUUUAAAUCCUGAUUCAAAUCCAUUGGAGGAUAAUGUAUCAGUACAGGAGAUGCAUAACCGUCCGGAUGAUUCUGCUAACCGUACACCACCAAGGAGUUCGAAAGAACCUCAAGAUACCAAGGCAGAUGAAAUUGGUUUGCUGAGACAAGAUCUUGCAUCCUUCAAGAAUUAUGUUAAUAAUGAGUUCAAGGAGUUGCAAUUGUUGAUAAUGGGGAAUUUUAGACAAGUUAUGGAUGCACUUAACAGAAGCUGUCGUGAAUAUGGAGCACCAAAUCAGGAAGAUGCAACUGAAUCUCCAAGUCAUGUACCUAAUUGGUCGAACAACAAUCAGAUAUCAAAUGUUAUGGAUAAGCCUCACUGUGAUGCAAACGAGGUUCGGACACCUCGUUUCGUUCUUCAAGAACAUGUCAAAAUUAAUGUCAAGGAGUAUUUGCAGCCUGUUCAGAUACACAUACAAGACCCUUUGACGGUACAUGAACAGCUUAACGACAUUAAUGUAUUUCAGAAUCAUGACAUCCAACAACCUCAGUCACAAAUUGAGUUGAUAGAUGCUUUGUUACCUGAUAUUGAUGCAAUCAAUCCCAAAAAGAAUGAUGUGGUUCAUUCAGAGGUUGUGGUCCAUCCAGAGGGUGUCGUUUAUGAUACUACACCCGUGCCAGUUAAAAGGAUCAGACAUCCUGAUCGAUUGACAGGAGACGGUAAUGUAAUUCAGAACGACGAAAUCCAACAACCUCAGUCACAAUUUGAGUUGCUUGAUGCUCUGUUACCUGAUAUUGACACAAUAUAUCCCAAAAAAAAAUGUUGUGGUUCAUUCUGAGGUUGUGGUCCGUUCAGAGGGUGGCGUUUAUGAUAAUACACCCGUGCCAGUUCAAAGUAUCAUACAUUCUGAUCAAUUGAUUUGCUCUCCUUACUCCA